UCUAUUCGCGAGGUGGGAGCGAUCGAUCGGGAUAGGCGCUGGGGCGCUAAUUUGGAAUCCGGAGAAUUAAAAUGGUGGGGGAUUCCGGGAUUUGGAUUCAUCCGGCGCGAGCGGACGCGCGGCGCCGUCGCCCUCGGUGGGAUCACACGGCGUCAAGGCCGCGGUGGCGGUGACGACGAUGCGGGGAUCCAGGCCCUUGCUAUGGCGGUAGCGCUAGAGCAGCGGCAGUGGUAGGCAAGGAGGGUAAGGGAAGGAGGCGCUUUGACUCGAGCGGCCGGAUCGGAUUUGGCAGUGCGAUGUGUAAGAGGCGGUCACGGGCAGAGAUUUCUGGGCUGGGAGAGAGCUUCCAGCAUCUUGGGAGGAGCUAGAUUGAGCCACCACAGUCGCUUUUGGUCUCUCUCUAUCUCUCUCUCUCUCUCGCUUUCUCUUUCUUGCUCUUCUUCCCCUCUCCGGCGAGGAUCCAGGGAGGAUAGGAUGAGGAAAAGUCCAUCGAGAUGGGAGGUAGCGCCGUGGAGCCGGCUUCGGAUCAUCCGCGUGAUGCUGGGCGUGGUGGGGCUGUGCCUGAUCGCCAUGACGCUGGAAGCCCCAAAUCUGUUCCAGCCCAGGGCGCAGCUCAAGGCGGUCGGUGCGUCGACGCAGCAGGAGCUCAGGGAAGAGAUCCCAGCCAAGCCUCGCCGAGCUCUCAUAGAUGGAGCUAAAGAAGAUCUCUCGUCUACACGCUCCCCGCAACACCAUGGAUCCUCGAGCUCUGGCCCGUCCUCGAGCAGUAAGAACCAUCCCCAGGAAGAACAGGGAUUGCCCAAGCCACGUCCAGUGGAAGGAGGAGAGGAGGAACGAAGCUCGCCACCACCCGCGUCCUCGGCUACCGCGCUGCUCCACGCCGCCCGCGCCGCCCGCGUCGCCGGCGCCAAGAUGUGGCAGCUCGUCGAGUCCAACUUCGCCGCCUCGCCGGCGGCGGCAAAGCAGCACAGCAGCAACCUCACCACGCUGGCCUCGUCGCCGCCGCGCAAGAACUCGCAGUGCCCCCAGGUGGUGAUCGUCUCCGGCGACGAGCUGCGCGGUACCGCCAACGUCGCGGUCAUACCGUGCGGCCUGGCGUCGGGCUCCUCGGUCACGCUCGUCGCGCGGCCUCUCAAAGCCCACCCCGAGAACUCGCCACACAUAAGGAUGCUGCCCGACGGCCAGAGCGACGUGAUGGUGUCGCAGUUCAUGGUGGAGCUCCGCGGGCUCAAGCUGGUGAACGGGGAGGACCCGCCGCGAAUUCUCCACGUAAAUCCGCGGCUCCGGGGCGACUGGAGCGGCAACCCCGUGAUCGAGAUGAACACUUGCUACCGCGGGCAGUGGGGCGCCGCGCUCCGCUGCGAGGGAUGGCUCUCUCCGGAUGAAGAAGCUGUGGAUGGAUUGCCGAGAUGCGAGAACUGGCUGAGAGAGGAGGAAGGGAGUAGCAGCAAGGGCAGCAGUAGUAACGCUGCUACGCGAAUUCCCGGGAAGAACGCGAACACUUGGCUCAACACUUGGAUACCAGAGCCCGAGAAGGGAGGAUUGGACUGGCGGUACCCGUUUGCCGAGGAGAGGCUGUUCGUCUUGACGAUUCGGGCUGGAUGGGAGGGGUACCACGUUAGUGUCGAUGGCAGGCACAUCACUUCUUUUCCAUACCGGACUGGAUUCAUCCUCGAGGAAGCCACUGGUUUUGCCAUUGGCGGCGAUGUUGAGGUUCGCUCCGUUGUUGCGACGGGCUUACCAUCGUCACACUCGGUGGUUUCGUCGGAUCUCCCGCUGGAAGAGUCGGAGCAAUAUAAGGCUCCUCCUCUACCGGGUGGAUCCGUCCAUCUCUUCAUAGGAAUCCUCUCGGCAAGCAACCACUUUGCGGAGAGAAUGGCCGUCCGGAAGACGUGGAUGCAAUCGACGUCUAUUCGAUCAUCGCUGGUGGUCGCGAGAUUUUUCGUCGCACUGCAUUCUGACCUUGAGAUCAACUUACAAGUGAGAGAGGAAGCAGAAUAUUUUGGCGAUAUGGUGAUGUUGCCUUUCAUUGAUCACUACGAUCUCGUUGUUCUCAAGACUGUCGCGAUUUGUGAAUAUGCGAUUAGGAACGUAUCAGCAAAGAACGUAAUGAAAACUGACGAUGAUACCUUUGUGAGGGUGGAAACGAUUGCCAACUUGUUGAAGAACACUAAGAAGGCCCCCGGACUCUACAUGGGUAACAUCAACCAAUUUCACAGACCAUUGAGAGAAGGCAAAUGGGCUGUAACUUACGAGGAGUGGCCCGAGGAAGAGUAUCCUCCUUACGCUAAUGGCCCGGGGUACGUCAUCUCGUCGGACAUCGCCGAGUUCAUCUUACAACAGCAAAACAACCACACACUGAGACUGUUCAAGAUGGAAGACGUGAGCAUGGGAAUGUGGGUCGUCCAGUUCAAUCUCGCACAGGCGGUUCACUACGUCCACAAUCUCAAGUUUUGUCAAUGGGGUUGCGUCGAAGAUUACUACACGGCACAUUAUCAAUCGCCGCGCCAGAUGUUGUGUAUGUGGGACAAGCUGCAAAAAGGCGAUGCUCAGUGCUGUAACAUGAGAUAACCUUGGAAGCAUUCAACCGUAGAGAACGCGCACAGAGCUUUUACAGGCAUAUCUGUCUCGUAGAGGGACCGUUUUAGAGGAGAUAAUUUUGCAAGAGGGAGAGAAUAAUAUACUGUCAAUACAGAAAAGUUUUACAGA